AUGGCGGCAGUGGCGGCAGCGUCGGCUGAAUUGCUCAUCAUCGGCUGGUACAUUUUCCGCGUGCUGCUGCAGGUGUUCCUGGAAUGCUGCAUUUACUGGGUAGGAUUCGCUUUUCGAAAUCCUCCAGGGACACAGCCCAUUGCGAGAAGUGAGGUGUUCAGGUACUCCCUGCAGAAGCUGGCAUACACGGUAUCGAGAACCGGACGGCACGUGCUGGGAGAGCGCCGCCAGCGGGCCCCCAACUGA